CAGUGCAGCGUUAGUGUCAGCCUGUGUCAGAGCAGGCAAGGAAGCAGAAGCCGCACAAUGGGGCACGUUUUCUUUAUACUGCUGAUGAUCUUGACCUUGGAUCACUCAGCAGGAAACAGCUUCUUCAUCUCCGCCCCGAAUGUGUUUCACGUGGGCGUUAAUGAGAAAGUGUUUGUCCAGAUGGGACGACCUCAUCUAAACAAUCUUGUUAGUCUGCAUCUGGAGCAUGAGACUACUGGUACCGUGCUGUCUGAAAAGAAAACUGUUCUGUGUGCUGACGAAGGGGAUACCAAAACAGUGGAGCUCAUGAUAAACAGGGAUGUUUGGUCGAGAAUUACACAUCGUCACGGUCCUCCAUAUGUUGUGCUGGUGGCAGAGAGCGCCUCCCUCAGACCCAGGCAGACAGCAAGGAUCCUGGUGUCAAAGCAUCAAGGAUAUAUCUUCAUUCAGACCAAUCAGCCGAUCUACAACCCAUCCCAGACAGUGAGAUACCGGAUAUUCACACUUGACCACAAAAUGAGGCCUCAUGAGGGAGUGUUCCAGAUAUCAGUGGUGAAUGCUGUUGGAAACAGAAUAAUGAAGUCUCUCAGGACUGCACAAGGAGGAAUAUUCCAAGGCUCAUUCCCCAUCCCUAGUGUCUCUAAGAUGGGCACGUGGAAUAUUACAGCACACUAUAGAGACGAUGAAGAACAUGUUGCUUCCCGAGCGUUCAAAGUCCAAAAAUUUGUUUUACCAAGUUUUGAUGUGGACAUCACUAUGAAGCAGCGCUAUAUUUUGCUGGAAGAUGAUUGGCUUAACUUCACCGUCUCAGCGAGGUAUUCACAUGGUGAGACAGUCAAAGGGGCUUACCACUGCCAAUUUGGAGUCAUUAAAAAAGGUACAGCUGGUGGUGACAAAAUGACGCCUAACGUCAUCAAGGGACUGGAGGUGGCUGGCUCGGUCGAGAAUGGAAUUGGAACAGUUUCUCUUCAGUUAGCGAAAAUCAGUUCAAAACUCAAAAACAAAUCGUUGGCUGACUUGCAGAGAAAUGGAGAACAACUCUACGUGGGAGUAUUCGUCACCAACAUCCAAAGUGGUGAAAUCCAAGAGGCAGAAGUUUACCUUCCUGUCAUCAUCCACAAAUACAUCAUAGAUCUCUCUCGAACUCGCUCUGUUUUCUUCCCUGGAUACCCGCUGGAUGUGGUGGUGCUCAUGCGUCACCCAGAUGGCUCCCCAGCAGCUGGUGUUCCUGUCACUAUGAAUGUACCAGCAUCCAAUCAGGAAGCUUGGCAAGGCACCACUGAUCGGGACGGGUCAGCGUUUUACACCUUUAACACCAACCGUGUGCCUGAGAUCACAGUUGAGGUGUCUGCAAAUGGCCGGACAGAGAGGAAGAUAGUUAAGGUUGCUUCAUCUCCGAGUAGCAGCUUCCUUUACCUGACUUUUACCAACAAGGUGUACUCUGUGGGUGACUUACUCACAGUGACAUACAACUCCAUCAACAGCCCAGCAACUGGUUAUAUGUACUACAUGGUCUUGAGUCGUGGGAUGAUAAUCCAGGAGGGUUCUCUCAAACUCGGUAUAUCAGCCGUGCAAAAGCUGCUGAUUACAUCAGCUAUGGUUCCCUCUUUCCGUCUGAUUGGCUACUAUCACAGCAGCAGUGGCGACAUCGUUGCGGACUCCAUUUGGGUUGAUGUCAGAGAUGAAUGUGAGAUAAAGGUCAAGGUUGAAGCAAAGAAAUCAUUUAUACCUGGAUCGUCCACCGAGCUGGAAUUUGAUCUCCACGGUCAGAACGCCAAAGUGGCUCUGCUGGCUGUGGAUAAGGCCAUCUACGCCCUCAAUGCCGAUAACAGACUCACAGCCAAACAGGUGUUUUCCACUAUGGGGUCAGCUGACCUUGGUUGUUCGUACAACGGAGGAUCUGACGCAACAUCAGCGCUUUUAGAUGCCGGCCUGUCGCAUGUCUCCAAAACCAAAUCAGUGUGGAGAAGGAAUUUUGGCUGCGACUCACAAGCUUCACGACAAAGACGAGCUCUGGACCUUCAACAAGAAAUAAUGGCUUUGAAAUCAAACUUUACAGAUCCAGGCCUGAGUAAAUGCUGUGCUCAGGGGGUUUCUCUCAUCCCUAUGAGACGAACAUGUCAGGAGAGGAGGGAUAGGAUUCUCCUGGUGAAUUCAAAUCAGACUUGUGCUGACGUAUUUCUGAAAUGUUGCGUUGAUGCGGCGCGUCUGAGACAAAAAAAGAUGCUAGAAGAUUCCCAGACAGGACUUGGAAGGACUCUAAGCUCUGAAGAAAUGGAACAGUUCUUCUUGGAUAAUACUCAGUAUAUUCGACGAUAUUUCCCCGAAAGCUUUGCAUUCACAGAAUUUGACGUAAAAGGCAAAAGAAGGCAUUCUUUAACGCUACCUGAUUCCAUCACCACGUGGGAGUUUCAGGUCAUCACUUUAUCUGAAGCUACUGGUUUCUGCGUCGUUAAGCCAUACGAGGAAAGAGCAUUUAAGCCGACGUUUGUCUCCUUGAGACUGCCUUACUCAGUGAGAAGAUACGAGCAACUGGCCAUUUCUCCUGUUAUCUACAACUACGGUGACAAGGAAGUGCAGUUGGCAGUGCAUAUGGCACAAACUGAAGGGCUUUGCUCCCCCGGUUCGGCCACCUUGAUCUCUUUUGUUAACAUCACAGUGGCGCCACAGUCCUCUCAGUUUGUCACCUUCUCUGCCGUCCCCAUGGUAACCGGCUCGAUUCCCAUCAAAAUACGUCUGUAUGAUAUGGAUGAUGACUGGGGGAUAGAUGCAAUUGAAAAAAAUCUCAAUGUAUUGACAGAAGGAAUGGAACAGAGAGUCGGAGAAACCAGACUGAUCAAACUAGAUGGGAGGCGCCCACAGACAAUAACUAUUGAUGGAAGUCUACCAGAUGACACCGUCCCAGAGUCCAGCUCAAAUAUAUUUGUUUCAGUGGAAGGAGAUGGAUUUGGCAAAUCACAUGCGAGGAACCUUCUUUCUCCUGAGAAGGUUUCUGAGCUGAUCACCUUGCCUCGCGGAUGCUUAGAACAGACAAUGACACGUCUGGCCCCGACAACUUUAGCCCUCCGCUACCUCGACCUGAGCGACCAAUGGUUUGAACUGCCUCCCGGUGAGAGAGAUAAGGCUCUUAAUAACGUUGAGGAAGGUUACAUAUGGAUUUUACAAUAUCGCAAACAUGAUGGCUCCUAUGGUGUAUGGAGUUCAGUGAGAUCCAGUAAUUGGGUGACUGCCCUUGUAGUAAAAGUGCUAUCAAUGGUGGCGCAGCGUCAGACAGCAGCUCUUGGACAACAGGGUCAGAGGCUUAAAGUUGUACCAGAGGAAGAAAUCUGGCGUUCAGUCGAAUACUUGCUCUUCGAGCAGAAUCCUGAUGGAUCAUUCACUGACCCUCAACCUGUAUUACACAGAGGAGUUCUGAAAGGCCAAGACCAACACUCAUCCAUGACUGCUUUCAUAACUAUUGCACUGUACCGGUCCCUUGAAUUUCUGCAAACUGAACCUCGAAGCAAUGUGGAAGCAAGUAUAUCAAGAGCGGCCACGUAUCUCCAGUCACAUCUGGGGGAGCUUAAGCAUACCUACGCCAUUGCCAUUACAACGUAUUGCCUCUCAGUUUGCCUGCCAGAGGGAACUGAUCUCUCACAUGCAUGGACAAAACUUCAAGCAAAGGCUACUAAAGCGGAGAAUGACUGCUAUCUGUGGACAGAGAAUCCCAGCCCUAGUAAUCAAAAGAAGGCCGAUGCGAUCACAGUAGAGACGACAUCCUAUGCCCUCCUAGCUGCAGUGCAACUUAAGAAUACCACAUGGGCAGAUUCAGCAGCCUGCUGGUUGACCACCCAAGAAAACUAUUUCAAAGGCUUCAAAUCAUCACAGGAUACCAUCAUGGCACUGGAAGCCCUCUCAGAGUAUGAGCUAAAGAGGCCUGUCAGACCUGAAGCAAAAGUAGCAGCAGAGUUCACAGUGCCGGGAAGGCAAAACAUUAUAAGACUUGCACUGGAAAAUGACAAAGAGAAGGUGGAAACAGACCUGAAGAAACUUGCCGGCAAUAACAUUCACGUGGAGCUCACCGGAAAAGGAGACGUCAAGCUGAAAAUUGUGAAGGCUUACCAUUUACUGGAACCCAAGGACGACUGUGCAGAAAUGUCUAUCAGUGUCACAGUGGAGGGGAAAGUGAAGUACACUGAUAAGAUCAUAGAAAAUUAUGACUACUAUGACGACACCGCCGACGAGGAACGGCCACGAGUGCCACGAUCGGCGAUUGAGUGGUUUGACGCUCGCACCCGAAUCACGAGAGAUCUUGAUAACAACCUAAAAUCAGACAGCGUUGUUACCUACAGAGUCUGCGUCAGACCAAAAGGCAAUCUCACAGGAAUGGCGAUCGCUGACAUCACAUUGCUCAGUGGAUUUACUGCUAGUACUAUAGACCUGGACGAGCUAAAAAAGCUAGAACAGUACAUUUCCCAUUAUGAAGUCUCCUACGGAAGAGUGCUGCUCUACUUUAAUCAGAUCUAUGAACAGAAUGAAUGCAUCAAGUUUGAUGCUGUCCAAACAGUGCCAGUCGGCCUCCUCCAGCCUGCUCCAGCCGUGUUCUACGAUUAUUAUGAACCAAGCAGAAAGUGUACUGUGUUCUACUCUGCCCCACGAAGAAGCAAGAUGAUCUCCACACUGUGUUCAGAGGAUGUGUGCCAAUGCGCAGAGAGACCCUGUUAUAAACUACAGAAAACAUUCAAAUCGCCAAACAAUGCAAGGAUCACAAAGAAUGACCGAACACAACAUGCUUGCUUCUUCCCUACGGUAGACUACGCGUACAUAGUGGAAGUCACCAGUGUUUCUGGGAAGAGUAACUUUGAGCUGUACAAAACUAAAGUAGUUGAUGUCCUCAGAUCAAAUGGAGACGUGCAAGUGAGUGAGGAUUCUGUUCGGGUGUUUGCCAAGAGGUUCCAUUGCAAAGGACAUUUAGAAGUGGGGAAGAGGUACCUCAUCAUGGGCAAAGAUGGAACCACAAAUGACUCGACUGGCUCGAUGCAGUAUCUGUUGGAAUCAAACACCUGGAUUGAGAAACAGCCGUCACUAGAAGAAGAUUGUAAGAAAGUUGCCAAUAGACCUGCUUGUAGGGAUUUUAAUGCAUUUGUAUCCGAGUACAAGAUGGAUGGCUGCAGACAGUGAAACAAAUCUGAUUAAUUCAGGAGAAAGAAAGCUUUUGUAUUUUUAAUUUUUUUUUGCAGUUUGUGAUAUUUUACUUCUGUGUCAUAGUGUACAUUUACUGUUGCAAUUAGACUUUAAAAGCAGUCGUGUGUGACCAUUGAUCCAUCAUUAUCUAGACCUAAAUCAGACAAUACGUGUGUAGCUAAUUCUUCUUCUUGUUAUCCUCUUAUUCAUUUUAUUAUUCAAUUUGAUUACUGGAACUGUAUUAUUUUCAUUUAAGUUUUCUCACCCCUCCCUUUUUCUUAACAACACCAUUCUUGAUGUUUUGAAGCUAUUGCUACCCUGAUAUUCUCGACAAUAAAACACGUUGAAUUGAAUUGA